AUGCAAAAAACCAAUAAUUUAGGUAGUAUUAAACGACUUCAACGAGAAUAUGCUGCUUUUUUAAAAUCACCACCACCAGAUAUGACUAUUUAUUUGAUUGAAUCUUCAGUAUAUGAAUGUCAUUUUAGUUUCAAAGGACCAAGUGAAACAGAUUUUGCUGAAGGAAUAUAUCAUGGUAAAUUUAUUUUCCCUUAUGAUUAUCCAAAAAAUCCUCCUGAAGUAUAUUUCUUUACUCCAAAUGGUAGAUUUGCUAUUAAUACAAAGAUAUGUCUUUCUAUUACUUCAUUUCAUCCAGAAACAUGGACUCCUGUUUGGAGUAUCUCUUCAAUGCUUGAAGCAAUUAGAGCAUUUAUGUUAACACCUGCUGCAGGUGCUGUUGGUGGAUUAGAAAGUCAUUCAGAUGUAAAAAAAGAAUUUGCUAAAAAAUCACAAUAUUAUACUUGCCCUGUUUGUGGUGCAAAUCAUCAAGAAUUAAAGAAAAUAUUUUUACUAGAAAAUGAUAAAAAGAAUUUAACUGAAAAUAUUGAACAUCAAUUAAAGAUUAAUACUUCUUCUACAGAAGUUACAUCUAAAUUAUCCAAUUAUGAUAAAACUGAAUAUAAAUUAGAAAAUGUAGAAAAAGAUCAUAAAAUAAUUAUUGAGAAAGAAAAUAAUAAUAAUCAACAACAAGAUAUUAUAAAAGAAGAAAAUGAUAUAAUAACUCAAAAUGAAAUAAAUAAUGAAUGUAAAGAAGAAUUACUUACAAAAAUAGAAAAUGAUGAAAUUAAUAAAGAAACAAAAGAAAAAGAAGAAGAAAUAAAUCAAGAAGAUGAUGUUUUAACAAUUUUAAAAAAAAGACAAGAAGCAGAAAAAGAAAAAAUAAAACAUUUUCUUGAAAAUAAAGAAGAAAUAAAAGAAGAAACUGAAAGAAAUGAAAAAUAUACAGUGAUUAAUGAAACAAUUAAUAUAAUCUUCUAUUUAUCAAUAUUUUUGAUAAUUCUUAUGGUAUUAAAUUUACUUAAAAUAAAAAUAAUUAUGUACUUUCUGAAUUAA